AACCUGUUCGGUCGGGUUUUCUCGCGUUUCGGCGCAGCCGCCGGACGGGGCGGACACCGGUCGCACGGUCGGAGGGGCGAAGCGAAACCGGCGAGGGACGAGCCGCGGACCGUGGACGCCUGGACGGAGGAGGCAGCGAGAGGCGCUGCGGCCGGUGGCCGUACGUCAGAACGUGUCGUCCACGCCCAAGUGUGCGAAGGAACUGCCCGAAGGCGUACCAUCUGCACUGCUUGGAGGACAAACAUGGCUCUUUUCCUAGUCACGGUGAACAACUCAUUUGUGAUUGGCACAUAUGUUUCAAUUGCAGACGGAGUUCACAUUUUCAGUGUCUGUGCUGUCCUAUAUCGGUUUGCCACGACUGCCUUGGCAAAGUUGGAUUUGUCGAGUUGAGAAUGCAGCAAAAAGGAUUUUGCACCAGCUGCUUGAACAAGGCUAUCUUGAUUGAGAAGAAUACUGAUCCUGUUCCUCAUUGGGUACAGAGGGAUUUCAGCAAGGCAGAGAUCGACGGAAUUUUGUUUAAAGACUACUGGGAAGAUGUUAAAGACAGAGAACAUUUGAAUUUGGUUUACCUGGAAGAAGCUCAUGUUAUUCUUAAUAGAAAGCUUGACCGUAAUAGAGCAAAUUCAGAGAAAUUUCCAGAUGAAGAUAACACGUCAGAUACAAAUAUGUUUGCUGAAAAUGCUGCCAUUGAGAAAACUAUUCCUUUUGACUCUAAGGGCAAAGAGAAUAAAGCGAACACAUCAGUAAAGAAGCACAAGACGAACAAUAAAACAUAUAUUGGUUGGGGUUCUGAAGAGCUAAUGCAAUUCUUGUCAAGUUCUGGAAAGGACUCAUCAAAAUCUCUUGAUGAAGCUGAAAUUGUUGGAGUUAUCAUGGCCUACAUCAAACAGAAGAAUUUGUUCAAGAAUAAUAAGAAGUCUUUCCUGUGUGAUGAUAAGUUGCACCUUUUGUUUGGGAGAAGAAAAGUGAGUUGCAAAAGUAUCCGUAGGUUUCUAGCAGUUCAUCUAGCUGCAAAUGAUGUUUCAGAGGAUGAAAUUUUGUAUGGUUCUGAGGACGAUGAUGUUCCAAUUACGAAAAAGAAACCUCAUUUUGAUGGUUCUGAAGAUGAUGUUGGUCAAAUUAUGAAAAAGAAACCUCGGAAUAGUCUGGAGUUGAAGAUUGCUGAGAGGGUUUCAGAAAGAAACAAGAGAAGUUUUGCCUCUCUUAAUGAGAAUAACAUAAAGCUUAUUUAUCUGAGAAGAUCUUUAAUUAUUAAUCUUUUGAAUCAUCCAGAUACAUUUGAUCAGAAAGUUGUUGGCUGUUUUGUCAGAGUUAAGAAUGCCCCAAAAGUUCAUAUCUAUGAAUUACCUAAGAAGCCAUACCAGCUUGGGCUGGUGACAGGCAUUAAGAAAUCUUCAGAAGAAUACAAGAUGAAAGACACAUGUACCAAUAUUCUCUUAUGUGUUACUGGUUUAUGGGAUGAUGUCAGGAUCUCAAUGCUCUCAGACGAGGACUUUGAGGAGGAGGAAUGCAAUGAUCUUGUUUCUUUGGUAAAGAAAGGACUUCUGGAAAGGCCUACAAUUGCUGCACUGGAGGAGAAGGUGGCAACUGUACAUAAAGACAUAGUAAAUCAUUGGAUUGACAAAGAACUUGUGAGACUGGAAAGAGCUAUUGAAAGAGCAAAUAUAAAAGGGUGGAGACAAGAAUUUGAGGAACUAAUGCACCAACAGGAGCUGCUAAGCACAGAAGCUGAAAGGAUGCGCCGCCUUAAAGAGGUUCCGGAAAUUACUGCGGAUACAGAACAAGAAGGACAUGAAACUGAACUCGAAAUUGCAGCAAGCAACUCAUCUCAAGAGAAUAGAGGUAAUACAAAUACCUUCUUACUUCCCUUGUCUCUAGGAGCAAAACAACAAGUAGCUAAUUCUUUGACUGAUUUUGAAGAGGUUCCAUCAAAAGCUGCAGCAGAGGAUGUAUUUCAAUCUUUUAGAGCUCACAAGGAGAAACCAACAGAAGGUAAUACAACCACCUUCAUACCACCCUUGUCUCCGGGAGCAAAAGAGGAGCCACUUAAAGUAGAGAAUGUACUCAAAAGUUUCAAAUGUUUAAGAGUCCAUGAGGAGAAAUUGACCGAAGGUAAUACAAACACCUUAUUAGUACCCUUUUCUCUUGGAGUAAAAGGAGCUAUUUCUUCAAACAGCCAACGAAAGGUGCAACAGAGGAUGUAGUCGAAUCUGUAAGAGUCCAUAAGGAGAAACCAACCAAAGUUCGUCUUCAGUUGUUAGGGACAAAAUAUCUAAUCUUUAUGAGAGGAGUGACAAAAUGUUUAGGAUCGCGUAUAAGAGGCAUAGAAAUAAGUAAAUGUGUCGGGAUCAACAACCAAAUCAGCUUCAGUUGAUCCUAUGGUUGGCUGAGAUCUGCAUAUUAGUAUCCCUAGCUAGCAUAGUUCAGUUAGUAUAUUGGUUUCUUAGUCUAUUUCAGAGCCUGACACUUCUUAUAUAAACAUAGCCAAGUCUUAUUUUAUCAAGGAAGAAAUAAUAUAUUACAGGGCUUCGCCCAUUGAAUCUGUUUGAUCAGAGCGCCAGUUAAUUA